GGACACACCGUCUCUCUCUCUCUAUAUGUACAAAGAAACCCAAUUUUUUAGCUUUACCUACAAAAACCGACUCUCUGUCUCGCCGCCUCCACUCCUACUCUCUCUUACAAGCCAAAUAGCAGAGUGCCUCUGCUCCAUUAGGUCUUUCAAGCUGGCGAUCGAUAAUCAAGACACCACUGUGAGGGAAAUCAAACCGAAAAGCAGGAGAAUCAUGGGUGCUGGUGGUCCUGAAGAUGAGGACAACAGAUGGCCGCCAUGGCUGAAGCCCCUGCUGAAAGAGAGGUUCUUUGUUCAAUGUACGGUGCACGCUGAUUCUCACAAGAGCGAAUGCAAUAUGUAUUGCCUGGAUUGCAUGAAUGGUGCUCUCUGCUCUCUCUGCCUUGGAUGCCACAAGGAUCAUCGUGCGAUUCAGAUAAGGAGGUCUUCAUACCAUGAUGUGAUAAGGGUAAAUGAGAUACAAAAGGUGCUGGACAUAUCUGGAGUCCAAACCUAUGUGAUCAACAGUGCCAGGGUUGUGUUCUUGAAUGAGAGACCUCAGCCUCGACCAGGUAAAGGCGUCACCAAUACCUGUGAAGUCUGCGAGCGCAGCCUCCUUGAUUCCUUCCGCUUCUGCUCUCUUGGCUGCAAGAUUGUUGGGACAUCAAAGAAUUUCCAAAGGAAGAAAAGGCAUCAGCUGGCGGUGGCAUCGGAUUCGGAAGACUCAUUCAGCAGCAGCAGCCAAGGCCUGGUGAAGAGCAGUCGCAACAACAGCCGCAAAGAUCAAAGCUUCUCUCCGUCAACACCACCCCCAACCGCCACUAGUUUCCGGACAGUCAAGCGCAGGAAGGGAAUUCCUCACCGUGCCCCCAUGGGAGGACUAGUCAUAGAAUACUAGAGUACUAGCUUCGAGUUUAUGAUGCAUAUCAACGUUACAUAUACAAUGUAGAAGAAGAAGUCGCAAAAUACCCCAACUGGCAUUGGAACACACCCACCUUUAUCUUUCAUCAUCUUGUGUACACAGAAGCAGCAAUAGAAGUGGAAAAGUUGGGGGGUAGAAAGCAAAAUAAUAAAGAAAAAAAAAAGAAGGCUGGAUUGCAAAUAAGCUUUUGUUAGUCAUAAAGACAAUAGGGUUGCUUCUAGAGUGCUUAUACAUGGGUUUUGGGUUAGUUAGCUAUGUAGAAAAAAAUGUAAAUAUGGUUUUAAUUUUUUGUGGUUUUGUUAGUGAAAAGAGUAGUGAAAUGUACAUGUGCUCCCUUGAAAUGGGAGGGGAUGUUUAUAUUGGGAAUAAGAUAUUUUCCUUUUAUGUAUAUAUAA